AAGGUUCCCUCUCAUUGGCUUUUCCAAAACAACCUUGCCGGUUUCGUCUCCCUGAAAACUUGGAAAUGGGUUUAGGAAUGUCUCAAUGCGACCGUGCGCAUCUCCCAUACAGAAGCCUUCGUCUCCAAAGCUGCGCACCGAUCGACAAGUUCUGACAAGGGACGGGACUGCAAAACUGUCUUCAGCAGGCUUUAUUUAACAACAGUGAGCAAAUAACAGGCUGUGUGUUGCUGAAAUCUCGGCGAUUUUGCUGGUUUAUAACUUUUCAUCCAAGUAAAGCAGAAUUCUAAGACCAAACAUUUGCUUAACAAAACGUUUCUUUGGUUGCGUUUACAUGUAAGUCUGGAAAAUGUAAAGAUUUCGGACUGAUUGGCACGGGUGAGCAACAAAUGAAGGGUGGGACUUGAAAAAACGGAGUGAGUGAGUAGCAAACUGAAAUUAAUUUCAGGAAAUUUCAAAUGUCUGCUCCGCCAUCCGAACUGGAGUAUUUUUUUUUUAACAAACUGGCCCAAUUCACGUAAGUUGAAAGAGUUUUUCACGUAUUGCACAGGUCAUUCAAUAUUUUUUCUCCCUACCCCAAUUAUAUUUGAUUGCUAUAGCGUCCACAUCGGAAAUCAAACCUCGCUCUUUGAGAGAACCGUCCUUUCUUCUGAGGUAUCAAGACUGAGUUCAACUGCAAGAUGCUCCUGGUGUUUUUAAUAUCAAUGGGCUUUCUAGCAUGUGAAAUAAAGUUCAGUUCGGGAUGUCAGCUGCCCUCGGAUUGGAGACCACUUAGCGAGGGAUGCAGAGCGGAGCUCGUAGAAAUCAUAGUCUACGCUAAGGUCCUGGCGAUCCAUCAGGAAGCGUACAGCAUGUAUAAUUACCUGCCUUAUCAGUACGAGGGCACGGAAGGGGGACUGUUCUACUCAGCGGAGAUAGAGCUGCUCUGUGACCAAGCCUGGGGCAGCAUGUUGGAAGUACCUGCUGGGUCGAGGCUCAAUCUCACGGGCCUGGGCUACUUUUCCUGCCAGUCCCACACUGUCGUCCAGAAUUACUCCUACAUCUUCUUCCUGAGGAUGGACGAAAACUACAACAUCCUGCCUCACGGGGUGAACUUUCAGGAUGCCAUUUUCCCGGACACGCAGGAGAACAGGAGAACCUUCUCCAGCCUUUUCCAGUUCUCCAACUGCUCCCAGGGACAGACACUGCAGGCCUUCAGCGCGGACUGGGAGAUGCAGGAGGACAGCAGGCUCUUGUGCUCCUCAGUACAGAUGGCGCUCUUCGAGGAGGAGGAUCGCGUCAAGAAGCUGCAGGAGAAGGUGCAGCUUUUGGAGAAGCGCAACAGGCAGUUGCGGGAUCGGGUCAGGAAGGUCAAGAGGUCGCUGCGGCGGGCGCGCAAGGACAGCCGGCGCAUGGCGCAGGACAACAGGAAGCUGCAGGAGAAACUGUCGGCAGAAGCCAGCGAAGUCAACCGCCAUCUCAACUCCAUCAAACAGGAGAACUCGCCUUCGGUCUUCAUCAAAGUGCAAUGAACAGGGCGAGAUUAAAGUGUCACCUCAGGAUACUGGGACUCUCGCCCUGUUGUACUGGGCUCUCUGGAGAUUGCUGGGCAGUCUCUCUUACUGUGAGUGGUGUAUUUCUAGGAGGAAAGAAGGUUAAAAAGGUUACUUUUAUAAAUAUCUCAGACAGUUCUUGUUAUAUGCUAAUUUGUCAAUAGAGUAUUUUAUUGCACAUAGCUCUGAUAUUUCUUUUUAUAUUUCAGAUAUUUGUACUAUGUGUUU